GCUCAGCGUCACUCUCGGUCGGAGGCAGCAGCUCCGGUACCGUUACCGACUCACGGACCGUCACCCCGGUUCAACCGAACAAAGGCGGCUCCCGGAGGGACGGACAUGAUGGGAGACGCUCCCCGGCAGCUCUGGAGCAGCAGCCGCGGAGAACACAGCUCGCUGGUCGGCUCCGGACGGAGGCUUUAACGAGACACACCGCCCGCCGUCGCUCCGUUUCCUCCAUUUUGGCCCGUGAUGGAGCACAUCCGGACUCCCAAGGUGGAGAAUGUGCGUCUGCUGGACCGGUCCUUGGGCCAGAGGAAGGCCAGCGUCGGGACGCUCUACCUGUCGGCCACGCACACCAUCUUUGUGGAAAACAACCCCGAGACGCGCAAGGAGACCUGGGUGCUGCACAGCAUGGUGAGCAGUGUGGACCGGCCGCCCGCCACGCCCGGCGGCAGCCAGCUCGUCCUGCGCUGCAAAGACUUCCGGGUCUACCAGGUCCUCAUCCCGCAGGAGAGGGACUGCGCGGACGUCCACGCCUCGCUGGUCCGGCUGUCACGACCAGAGAAGUACAGCGAGCUCUACUGCCUGUCCUUUAAUCCCAACGUGAACAAAGAGGAGAGAGAAGCGUCGUGGAGCUUCAUCGACCUCAUGGCCGACUACAAGAGGAUGGGAGUUCCCAAUAACCUUUGGGUCGCCACAGCGGUCAACAGCGAGUACAGGGUGUGUGAUACUUACCCCUCAGAGCUGUUUGUUCCAAAGUCGGCUACGACCGGCAUCAUUGUGGGCAGCUCCAGGUUCAGGAGUCGAGGACGGUUUCCUGCUCUGUCCUACUUCCACCAGGACACACUGGCGGCGGUGUGUCGAUGCAGCCAGCCGCUGUCGGGCUUCAGCGGCCGCUGUCAGGAGGACGAGCUGAUGCUGCAGGCUGUGAUGAAGUCCAACCCUGGCAGCGACUACAUCUACGUGGUGGACACCAGGCCCAAGCUGAACGCGAUGGCAAACCGAGCGGCAGGUAAAGGCUACGAGAACGAGGACCACUACACCAACAUCAAGCUGCAGUUCAUCGGCAUCGAGAACAUCCACGUGAUGAGGAGCAGCCAGCAGAAGAUCAUCGACGUGGGCGAGAUGCGAGCUCCGUCCAUGUCGGACUUCCUGUGGGGCCUGGAGAACUCCGGCUGGCUCAAACACAUCAAGGCUGUGCUGGAUGCUGGAGCCUUCAUCGCCCGAGCGGUGGCCGACGAAGGCGUCAGCGUUCUGGUCCACUGUUCUGACGGAUGGGACCGGACCGCCCAGGCCUGCUCCGUGGCCAGCAUCCUGCUGGACCCGUACUACAGAACCAUCAGAGGGUUCAUGGUGCUGAUAGAGAGAGACUGGGUUUCCUUCGGACACAAGUUCUCCCACAGGUACGCUCACCUGGACGGCGACCCCAAAGAGGUGUCUCCGGUCAUCGACCAGCUGCUGGAGUGCGUCUGGCAGCUGUCGGAGCAGUUCCCUUGUGCCUUCGAGUUCAACGAGCGCUUCCUCAUCACGCUGCACACCUACGUCUACUCCUGCCAGUACGGCAGCUUCCUGGGGAACUGCCAGAAGGAGCGCCGGGACCUCAGGCUCCGUGAGCGGACUCACUCGGCGUGGCCUCAGCUGUGGAAGGACCGGUCCGACUACGCCAACCCGCUGUACCAGGCCGAGCUGAGCCAGAGCCAGGGCGUCCUGAGGCCCAACACCUCGCCCUACUGCUUCAAAAUGUGGAAGGGUCUCUACAACCACGUGGAGAAGUCGGCGCCUCCUCGCCAGUCGCCCGCCGACUACCUGGCCGCCGUGAGGGAGGAGUCCCAGCAGCUGGAGGAGGAGCUGACCAAUCACCAGGAGAGGAUAGCAGCUCUGACCGGUCGGCCAAUCACGUGGGAGAAGCCGUUGGUUCUGAGGAGGACGACUAACCGGCCGCGGCAGCGUCACAGCGGGCCGGACCCGCCCACCGCCUACACGGAGCCAAUCACCAGCCCUGCACAGGACCGCGGCCACACCCCCUCCUCCCAGCCAGCCAAUCGGAAGGCCCAGCGCACAGACCCCGCCCUCACUCUGCCUCUGGGCCCGAAGAGCGCCGAGCCCGACGACCUGUCCACCUGCAGCGACCUGGAGUCGGGCGUCGCCGACCUCAGCAGCCGGUCCUCCAGCGGUGGCGAUGACGGGAAGGAGCCGGAGCUGGAGUGAGGCUGGGACUGGGAAUACUGGGAGUACUACUGGGAAUACUGGGAAUACUUCAAUACUACUGGGAAUACUUCAAUACUACUGGGAAUACUUCAAUACUACUGGUAAUACUACAAUACAACUACUACUGGGAGCUGUGGGAGGGAGGCAGAGGCUGCUGACUGGAGGCAGGUGGAUUUAUCUCUUAGAGUGAUUCCUCACCGACUCUUUUUGGAGCCAUUUUUUUUUUUAAAUUCAGGUUUUCGUUGCACAACCAGACGAGCUGCUUUUUCUGUUUUUUAAAUUAAAUUAAAUUAAAUACGUGGAAGCUGUUAGUUUGUAUUUGAAGGGAUCAGCACUGUGACGAGAGACUGAAGCUGAAUCUACGUUUGUCACAACCGACUCGUUUUGGAAGAAGUCCUGAGCGACUCGUUAGAGGUGUUUAAUGGACUCUCAGUCUGAGGAGCUGCUGGUCACUGAGUAGAAACACAACUAGGUCACAUAAAUCAUCAUGUUUGCUGAUGUGGAGGGAAUGAGAUGGAUGCUCCUGGUGUUAACUCUCGAUUAGACGCUCGUUAAAGUAAAUCUACGUUUCCUGGCACAGCGAGGAUCCACUCAGACACUCGUGGACUCGAGAAAUUUGCGUCGCUUGAACGCCUCAUAGCAGCAUCGAGGUUUAACACCAGGAGGAGCCUCUAAACGUCUGAAUCCCUUCUCCUCGCUUACAUUCAGGCCAUUAUGUUCAGUUUUUUUUCCUCCAAACUCUUCAAAUCACAGACGAGCAGCUGAAGAAAAGACGUGUUUUAGCAGCGACGAAUAAGGGAACAGAUGUACGGUCUGAACUAAAUGUGAACAAAUACGAGACGUUUACGACGACGGCUGGAGAAAAAGGGUUUUCUUUUGCCGUUUUGUGUGCAAUUAUUUUUACUCUGAAGCCAUCUCCUGUUGUUGUUAUCCUGCUGCUGAGGAGCCGACGUGGCGUUCUCAUCCUUGGACCAGGCGGCGGCGACUCUUCACAUUCCCACGCUGAGCAGCAGCGACUGAACUUUGGGGGUUUAUUCUGAGAAAUUCUGUUCAUUCCACGUGUUGUUGUGUUUAAAGGCGACGACGAGCCGAACAAAGAGGGAACCAGAACCUGAGCUUCUUCUUCUCCUCUGUAGAUCUACACCGUAGCCUGUAGCGUGUCCGUGCAGAGUGUGUGUGUCCUGUAUCAUCGAUGUACAUGAUCUAUCAAUAAAGGCACCGUCAAAGGGACCCAA